CGCUCUCACUGCUGCAAAAGAGGAAACAGGAGCAGGGGCAGAGGGCUCACACUUCCCACUGCUGAACUGCGACAAGUUGGUGCAGGAAGACCAAGGAAAAUCCCACUUGACGCGGCGUUUUCUUACAUUCAGUCACCAAAAGGGCUUUUUUUGGGUUUUAUUCUGCCCUCCUGUCAUCUUGUGUUGUCUCAGAUGCUAUCUCACGUGGGAAGCUUGUCUCUCUGCUAGGGGCAGAGCUGUCAGAUGGACUUGGCUGAGGGGAGCUCCCCACACGCAGCGCCCGGGCACGGCUCAAGGGUCCCUGGUUCCCUGUGCUGCUCCAAGUGCACAAUGACAACCAUGGAGAAAAACACAAGGAGCAGCACACCUGCAAAGCACAGCCUGGCCAAGGCUCUCUACGACAACAAGGCGGAGUGCUCGGACGAGCUGGCGUUCCGCAGAGGGGACAUCGUGACGGUGCUGGAGCAGCACGUGGCAGGCAGCCAGGGCUGGUGGCACUGCUCCCUGCACGGCCACCAUGGCCUGGCCCCCGCCAACCGCCUGCAGCUCCUGCCGCCCUCCACGGAGCUGCCGGCCGCACACGGCAUCUACCAGGUGCCCUCCGUGCCCCCCGUGCCCUCCGUGCCCCCCGUGCCCUCCACGGCCACGGCGCCCUCGGCCACCUACGAGAAGAUGGAGGGCUGGGUUCAGCCCCAGCUCGUGUACCAGGUGCCAGCCCUGGCGGCACAGCUGCUCAGAGAGAGGAACAAGCGCUUCACGCACCAGCACCUGUUUACCCUGCCCAGAGCCUGCAGGGCUUCAGCCCCCAACAUCAGGGCUGAGGUGUACGAUGUCCCCUCCUUGCAGCACCGCGGGUCCCCGCUGCCACAGAGUGGUGCCACUCCCCCCAGCACAAGGAAGGUCUCCAUGCUGGGCAGAUCCACUGAGAGCUUCCAGGCAGAGCAGAAGCAGCUUUACAACACCCCAUCCAAGGCAGAAAAAGGAGGAGCUGGCAGCCAGGGCUCACCAGCAGGCAAUUUAUAUGAUGUCCCUCCCAAAAGAGAGCUCGAUGACUCAGAAACGAAAUCUCAGAAGAAGUGCUGGGGCCAUUACAACACCUUGCCAAACCCUCGGAAGUCCGAAUGGAUUUACGACAUUCCAGUAUCGCCUGAAAACUCCGGCUUCAAACCCGCCCCUCCUGGGCAGCCUGUGGAGAAGCAGGUGCUGUAUGACAUUCCCCCAGCCAGGUACAAGGCUCCAGCUGAAGCCAAGGCUGGGAAUCCCCAGCUGUACGACAUCCCACCGGCACGGAAACUAACGCUUCCAGAAAUCCCCCUGUACGACGUUCCGCCCUCGCGGGACCUGCUCCUCCUGCCACACAACGGCAGCUCUGGGCUGCCCCCGAGGCUCCUGGCUGCCAAGGCUGAGAGUCAGAUCUCUGAGGAGAAUGUUUAUGAUAUUCCCAAAGGUCUGCCCAGUGCUGGGCACUCCAAGAGAGAGAAGGAAAACAACAGUGACCAAGCACACGGUGCUUCUCCACAGCUCUCCGUGGAUGCCAAGUCAGAGAAUGACAGUUUGUGUGUCUCUAGUGUGGACAGCAGAAGCAGCACUCUGUCCUCAUCCUCCAGCUCCUCUGCUGAGUCAUCUUCUAGGCUGUCACCAUCACCAGAGCCUGUCCAAGAAAUCAAACUGGAGCUGGAAGCAGCCAUCGAGACCCUGACCCGGCUGCAGCACGGCGUGUCCAGCUCCAUCGCCAGUUUAAUGAUCUUUGUGAGCAGCAAGUGGAGAUUGCAGGAGCACCUGGAGAAAAGCCUGGAGGACAUCCACAGAGCAGUGGACCACAUAAAGGUGUCACUGGGAGAGUUCCUGGCCUUUGCUCAAGCCCUGAAGGGAAACGCCUCCAACCUCACGGAUAACAACCUGCAGGCCAGAAUUAAAAAACAGCUGGAAAUCCUCAUGAACUCCUACAAAAUAUUGACAGAAACAAGGGAAGCUCUCAACAGCUGCAGCUGGUCCCUGGAGGCUUUGGUGCUCAGGAAGCCCCAGAACAACCCUGACGACCUGGAUCGCUUCGUUAUGGUGGCCAGGACAAUUCCAGACGAUAUCAAGAGGUUUGUGUCCAUCAUCAUCGCCAACGGGAAACUGCUCUUCAGGAAGAGCGAGAAGGAGCAAGAAAAGAAGCCACCAAAAGUGAACCCAGAAUGCAAAAUGGCAAAACAAAUCCCAGUGCCAAGAAGAGUAGAAAUCGAGUCACUCCAGAGAAAUGCUCCUGAGAAACCCAGCCAAAGCCAGGUCCCUGUGCAGAAACCAGAAGAAAACUGCAGCGAGGAUUGUGAUUAUGUCCAGUUGCAGGUCUUGCCAUGUGCAAAAAAGACUGAAAAUGCCAGCAGGCAGGAGCCUGCCAGGAAAAUCCCCCUCCCUGAGCACUGCAGGCUGUGCUUCGCCGCCCUGCACAAGGCCCUGGGCGUGUUCAGCGCCAGCCUCAGCAGCCAGCAGCCCCCCGAAAUCUUCAUCUCCCACAGCAAACUCAUCAUCAUGGUGGGCCAGAGGCUGGUGGAUUCCCUGUGCCAGGAGAGCCAGGAGAGGGAGGCCCGGAGCGACAUCCUGCACAGCAGCAGCCGCUUCUGCAGCCUGCUCAAGAACCUGGCCCUGGCCACCAAAAGCGCUGCCCUCAAAUUCCCCAACGCCGAGGCCAGCAGGGAGCUGCGGGAGCAGGCGGAGCAGCUGGCCCAGUACACCCAGCAGUUCCGGGCCAUGAUGGACUGAGGGGCCAGGGCUGCUCCUGGGCACGGCUCACACCCUGAGCUUCCACCCUUCAGGGACUCCCGGGGUGCUGCUUCUGGAGAGGAUCCCCUCACUCAGAACUCCUACCAGCAACUCCCUGCGUGCUGGUUCUGGUGCAGAUCCCCACUCUGAACUCCCACCAGCAAUUCCCUGGUAGCAGGUGAAGAUCCCCUCAUGCAGAAUUCCCACAAGGAAUUGCCUGCUAGCAGUUGAAGAUCCCCCCAGUUGGAAUUCCCACCAAGAAUUCACUGUGUGCCAGUGCAGGUGAAUAUCCCCACUCAGAAUUCCCACCAGGAAGUCCCUGGUAGCAGGUGAAGGUCCCCACUAAGAAUUCCCACCAGGAAUACCCUGGUUCAGGUGCAGAUCCCCUCACUCAGAACUUCCACCAGAAACUCCUUGGGUGCACUGGGUAGCAGGUGAAGAUCCCCUCAUGCAGAAUUCCCACCAGGAAUUGCCUGGUAGCAGUUGAAGAUCCCCACACUCAGGAUUCCCACCAGGAGCUCCCUGGGUUGCCAAGGCAGGUGAAGAUCUCCCCAUUCAGAACUCCCACUCGGAAUUCCCUGGGUGCUGGUUCAGGUGAAGAUCCCCACACUCAGAAUUCCCACCAGGAAUUCCCUGGGUGCCAGUGCAGUUGAAGAUCCCCACAGCAGCUGAUGCAGAAAUAAAUCUGCACUUUCUUCUCCACUCUUCACAUCCUGCCUGGAAAUGUCAUUGUCACAGUGGCUAGGUGGGAAUGUUUGCUGUGUAUUGGAGCAAAAGUUGUUGAUUAUUGGACUGAUUUCUUAUUUUUUUUGUUCUCUAUGUAUGUCUGAUAAAUGUAUUUUCCUUUUUAAUUGUUUUUUCUACUCCUGUAAAGUCUGUCUUUAAAUGUAGCUGCACAAUGUUCUGUAACUUA